GCGCCUCGCGCGGCUGCGGGACCCGUGGCCGGCGCGACCCGGCGCGGCGCAGAUGGCCCUGCUCCUCCUGCUCCUCCUGACGGCCGCCGUCGGGGGCCAGGAGGAGGCCCAGACCACCGACUGGAGGGCCACCCUCAAGACCAUCCGGAACGGCGUCCACAAGAUCGACACCUACCUGAACGCCGCGCUGGACCUGCUGGGGGGCGAGGACGGGCUGUGCCAGUACAAGUGCCGCGACGGAUCUAAGCCUGUUCCACGUUAUGGUUAUAAACCCUCCCCACCGAAUGGAUGUGGCUCUCCACUGUUUGGUGUUCAUCUUAACAUCGGCAUCCCUUCCCUGACGAAGUGCUGCAACCAGCACGACAGGUGCUACGAGACCUGUGGCAAAAGCAAGAACGACUGUGACGAGGAGUUCCAGUAUUGCCUCUCCAAGAUCUGCCGGGACGUGCAGAGGACACUGGGGCUAGCUCAGCACGUGCAGGCGUGUGAGACAACAGUGGAGCUCCUGUUUGACAGUGUGAUACAUUUAGGCUGUAAGCCGUACCUGGACAGCCAACGCGCCGCGUGUACAUGUCGCUACCAAGAAAAAACUGAUCUUUAAAGAAGAUGCUGACAGGUGGUGACAGCAUGAGCAGCAGACGAGGAUGGAAGAACAUAACCUUUGACAAAGAACUAAGGUUUUUACAGCAUGAAGCUGCCUUAUUUUUGUGAAAGGAUUAUUUUAAGACCUUGUUUUGACAUUCAAACUAAAGAAAAAAAGUGGGGAAGGUUAUCUUCCUGGACAUCGCUCCCUAGUGUGCCCAAUUGUCUUGACCAGUCUCAGAAAGAGGUACAUGUUAAGGGGAGAAUUUUUGAAAGAAAAAGUUGUAACUCAAUUUUCACAACCACAUUUACCAAAAAAAUGAGAUGAAAUGUAAAAUUCAUCAAAAAGUAUGUUCAGCAUUAUUUUAUUUGGAAAUAUGGGGAGAUCUUCACUUAGAAGUAUAUUUGUUUACUAUAAAUUUUAAGUAUACGUUUAUGCCUGGAA